AAAAUGUCUUUUGAGAAGAAAAGAAACAACAACAAUUCCCCCCUGUCCGAUUUGUUAAAACACAGCAAGUUGACGUUAUCUGAACAAAUUUCUUGGACUAUCCUGUGGAAUAGAGCGGAUAUUGCACGUUCGGAAAUUUUUACUGGACAGAUAUUACCAAAAAGUAUUUUACAUAAUGCAAUGAUGGAAUCACUUAUUCACAACCGUGUUGAGUUUGUUCGUCUUUUGCUUGAAAAUGGUGUUAAUAUGGACGAAUUUCUUACAAUUGCUAGAUUAGAAGAAUUAUAUAAUACUGAUCAAGGACCUCCAAAUACUCUUUAUUAUAUUGUUCGUGACGUUGUUAAAAUCCGUGCUGGUUAUCGUUAUAAAUUACCACAUAUUGGGAUGGCUGUAGAAAAAUUAAUGGCUAACGGAUUUCGUUCACAUUACACAUCUUCACAUUUUCGUCAAAAAUACAACGAAUAUAGAAGUAAAUUAAAAGAAUAUCAACGUCUUCAUUCAAUAAGUGAACAUCAAAAAGAUCUCACCCAACGCAGUUCCCCUCCAACAUCUUACCCUCGCUGUGGUUCAGAAUUUUUUGCUCGUGCAUCGGCUAGAGGAUUUCCAACUUCUGCUUCAGAUACAAGAUUGUCUGGCAAAAUAAAUCAUCAACAAGUAAAUCAGCUCCCAUCAAUUCCCAAAAAUAAAAAUCAAAAUGUUUCGGAUACCCGAACAAAUCAAAACAUUGGAAGUCCUCCAACAACUGACAGAUCAACAAAUAAAGCUACUUUAAAUUACACACAAAUUCCAGCUGUUUGUGGAAGUCGUACUUUAAGUAGCCAUAUUUUAUGGAGAAGUGCUUGUCGUAGAGAUAAUGUCAGUCAUCUUCCAACGGCCCCACAACAAGUAGCAAAUAGUUCAAAACAACAACCAUUUAAUAGAACAAAUCAACAAUUUACUGGUUUUCCUGACGGCAAUAAUUCUUUUGAUGCUGAUGAAUUUUUGGAUGUGAGGGAUGAAACCCACACGAGAGACUUUCGUUAUCCUUUUUCUGAUCUUUUAAUUUGGGCUGUUUUAACAAAAAGACACGAUAUGGCUAUUUGUAUGUGGCAACAUGGACAGGAGGCUUUAGCUAAAGCUUUGGUAACGUGUCGUUUAUAUAAAAGUUUGGCUAAGGAAGCGGCGGAAGAUUAUUUGGAAUUGGAAGUUUGUGAAGAAUUGAAGAAAUGUGCUGAAGAAUUUAGACAGUUAUCUCUUGAUUUACUUGAUCAUUGUUAUAAAGAAGAUGAUGCUCAAACUUUACAACUAUUAACAUAUGAAUUAGCUUAUUGGGGAAGAGAAACGUGCCUUUCACUUGCUGUUUUGGUUAACAACAAACAAUUUUUGGCUCAUCCUUGUUGUCAAAUUUUGCUGGCUGAUUUAUGGCAUGGUGGUUUGCGUAUUAGAAGCAAUUCAAAUUUAAAAGUGAUUCUUGGUAUAAUUUUUCCACCAUCUAUUUUUCUACUUGAGUUUAAAUCUCGUGAGGAAUUAAUGCUUCAACCUCAAACGGCUGCAGAACAUCAAGAAGAUAUUAACGAUUCUUCCUCUUCGUCAUCAGAUUCUUCCGUUUCUUCGCCCUCCUCUUCUCCAUCAGAAAGCGAAAAUGAAGAUGUAGAUUCUGAUUAUGAUUUAUCUGAGAAAACUGGUGGAGCUUCUUUGAGUGAUAGACGACGAAGAGUUUCUUCUAGGGGGAGUAUGCAAUCAUUAAAUUUUACAUCGAUUUUUCAAAGCAAGAGGCGAAGUAAACGUUCUUCUCACAUAAAUGCCUCAAAUAGCCUCAAUACUCAGGAUCUUGAGCUUGGGAAAGUUUCAAAUCAAGACGAACCUUCUGUUGGACGGAGCCGUUCAAAUGCGAGAGAAUUGCGAAGGCCCAAAACGAAAACCAGAGCUGAACGACAGAGGAGAAUAAAUGCUAGUAAUGCAGCAACUGUUGGUGGUCAAUCAAUAAUCGAAACUGCAGGAGGAGAUACGUCACCAUCAGAUUAUUCCCUUUCCAAUCAAAUUUCAAAACCAUCAUCACUUCCUCUUAAAUCUUCAUUAAAACUUCCAACAACAGUAACACCUUUACAUAUAGACGUUAAUGCUUAUCAUCAUCCUCAAUUUUUAUUGGGAAAUGAUGAUAUUGUUACGAGUGGAAAAGAAGAAGAGAAGGAUUCUAAUUCAAUUCAAAGAAAUUCUACUUCUACAAUUUCUGAUGAAGUUGUUAAAUUAUCUGUUGAUAAAGAACAAGAUAUUCCUUCGCCUGAUCAAAACCCUUCAGAUAGACCUUUCAUUCAUCAAACAAAAUCAUUUCCCUUCAACAACCGCUGGAAAUUUGUGAAAAACAUUGGGGCUGGAAUUGCUACAAACGAUAAACCAAAAACAAUGGAACAUCCUAAUAGCAGGUUAACAAUUAGUGGAGGACAUGUACCAAAAGGAAUUCCUUUGCCAGAGGGGGUGACGUUAAAUAAAAAGCGUCAAAUAAAAUUUCGUCGCAAAGUUUAUGAAUUUUUUGUUGCUCCAAUAACAACUUUUUGGGCUUGGAUGCUUAGUUUUGUUGUGUUUUUAUCCACCCUUACAUAUGUUUUGCUUAUUCGAACUCCACUUAAACCAACAUUUUUGGAAUGGUAUUUACUUGCUUAUGUUGUUGGUUUUGGGAUUGAGACUGUUAGAAAGUUUGCCAUGUCUGAACCAAAAAAAUUCUCAGAAAAAGUUCAAUACUUUUUUGGUAAUUAUUGGAAUUUUCUUACAACAGUUGCUAUUCUUGGUUUUGUUGUUGGUUUUAUAUUCCGUUUGAAUCCGUCAACAAGGUUUUUUAAUUUUGGAUUAGUAGAGGUGAUUUUUCAAUAUUUUAGUAAAAGUGUUGGGCGAAUAAUUUUAGCUGUUGAUUCUGUUCUUUGGACAAUUAAAUUGCUGGACUUUUUGGGAGUUUUUCCACGUUUUGGACCUUAUAUUACAAUGGCUGGGAAAAUGAUUAUGAAUAUGAGCUCAAUUGUUGUUAUGUUGGGAAUUUCUUUAUUAGGAUUUGGUUUGGCACGGCAAUCAAUUACAUAUCCAAAUGAAGAUUGGCAUUGGUUAUUGCUAAGAAAUGUUUUUUAUAAACCUUAUUUUAUGUUAUAUGGAGAAGUUUAUGCUGAUGAAAUUGAUACUUGUGGAGAUGAAGCCUGGGACGAACAUCUUGACAAAAACAUUUCUAUAUCUACAGCAUGGACUCAUCGUGAUAAUAGAGACAAAGAACUAGCUUGUGUUCCUGGCCAUUGGAUUCCUCCAAUUUUAAUGACUGUAUUUCUUUUAAUUGCAAAUAUUUUAUUAAUUAGUAUGUUAAUUGCUAUUUUUAACAACAUUUUUGAUUCAACAAUAAAAAUAUCUCAACAAAUUUGGCUCUUUCAAAGAUAUCGUCAAGUAAUGGAAUAUGAAGCAACACCUUUUCUUCCACCUCCAUUUACCCCAAUUUAUCAUAUUUAUAUGAUUUAUAAAUAUUUAAAUUAUCGAAAUGGAUCUUUUUGUAUUUGUUUUGCAUUUUUAACGAGGCAAUUAAACAACAGAAAAUUUUUUAAACGAAGAAAAGAUGUUUUGGAGGAAGAACCAAAGGAAGAAAAAUUGGAAGAAAAGCAACAACAAUCAAAUAAAAAUGAUGAAAUUAAUAAUAAAAUACCUCCACUUGCUAAAAAUGCUUUUGAACAAAGACAAAAUCUUCAAGAAAGAGCCAGAAAUUAUAAUAAACAAGAACAAUUUGCUCUUUUUGAUUUUUCUUUGAAACUUUUUCUGACUGACGAACAAGUCGAAAAAAUUCAUGAAUUCGAAGCUGAAUGUAUGGAAAAUUUAGCUCGUGAAAAAGAACUUGCAAGAAAUCGUUCUAAUGAAGAAAGGCUAAACAGGACUUGUGAAAGAACGGAGGCAAUUUUGCGUCGUAUGGAUGAUUUAGUUUCAAGAGAAACAAUUCAGAAGAAUGUAAAUACUCUCGAAAAUAAAGUGGAAAUGAUUCAAAAUACACAGUCACAAAUUCUCGAGUGUCUUCAACAAAUAAACUCGGUGAUACCAGCUUUGACCCAGUCUUUACAGAUGCUUAACUCUUUCCCAGUACAACAAUCUAAUAAUACAGAACAACAAUCUCCAAUUCCUUUAAUCCGGUCAUCUCUAAAUAAUAAAGACAGCUAUUAAAAAAUAAGGAGAGAGAAUUUUUGUUUUAAUUUGCAUUUAAGGCUGUCUAAAAAAUAUUUUUUGUUUAAUUAAUUAAUUUUCCUAUCAACGUUUUAAUUCAAGCAUUUUUAAGAAUUUUUUAGUCAAGUAAAAACAAUAAUGCUUUUCUUUUUUUUUGUUUCUUAAAUCAUGACAUUUAAUACUUUUAUUUUUAAAAUCUGUUCUUUCUUUGACUUUAUUCUAAUAAUUCAACACAAUUUCUGGACCUUUAUUUACUCUAAUAGAUCUGACAAAAGGUUGUUUUCACCUUUAAUUCUGUAUAUCCCG